UUUUUUGUACAUGAACACGUAUGUACGUACACUAUUACCUUAAAAUUAUAUGUAUAUAGAACGUAGUGGCUACAUCUAAUUCAGUUACAACCCGGUACCGGUACAAGAGUCACCUUGUCAAAUUAUAUAUAUAUAUAUAGGUUGUAACAAAUUUUAUACAACUAUUAUAUAAUUUAUAUAUAAGUGAUAUAUGUAUAAUUUUUAUUUUUACAUUGCUUAAGUUUUAUAAACUGGAGAAUUAAAUCAAAGUGUCCGAGUUAUUGUAUAUUUUGAGGUUUUUUUUUUUAGAAUAUUUAUUUUGUAUUGGCGAAGUUAACUGUGAAAUAUGGCAAUGGACAUCGCCGAGAAGUUUGAGUUAGCGCUUCUGGAAAAGCAGAAGCCGAUGAAUGACGUCAUAGACCAAGGAGACUCUCCCGUCCAGCAGUUCUAUAAAGACACCACGGUCUUCAUAACGGGGGCGUCUGGUUUCUUGGGAAAACAGUUUAUAGAGAAAAUUUUUAGAGCGUGUGAAAUAGAAAAGAUUUACAUUCUACUAAGACCUAAAAAAGGAAGAGAUGUGUAUCAGCGACUGAACUACAUCUUAAGUGACCCGUUAUAUGACAACCUGCGUAAAAAGAAGCCAAAUUUCGCCAGUAAAAUCGUACCAAUAGAAGGAGACGUGGCUGAUUUAAAGCUUGGCCUAAGUGACAAGGAUUGGGAUACAUUGACGAAAGAGGUAAAUGUGAUCGUCCACUUAGCUGCUACAGUGAAUUUUGAUGAACCUUUGAAAAAGGCAGGUCUUAUCAACGUGCGAGGUACCCGAGAAAUGCUGGAAUUAGGCAAACAAUGCCAAAACCUCAAGCUGUUCAGUCAUAUUUCAACUGCUUUCGCUCAUGCUACUAAGGAUCGUAUAAAUAAGGAUGUCUGCGAACAGUUCUACCAGGCCCCUGUAACACCAGAUGCUUUUAUCGAGUUGGUGGAAAAUAUGGAAGAAGAACGAUUGACUUCAAUCACACCUGGUUUUAUCAAUGGCUGGCCAAACACAUACACAUUUACGAAGGCGAUUUCUGAAGAACUGGUGAGGAGACAAGCUGGUGAUCUGCCCAUCUGUAUAGUCAAGCCAGCAGUAGUCGUAUCGUCACAUAUUGAGCCAACUCCAGGAUGGAUAGACAACCGAACCGUCAUGGCGUCGCCAGUUGGAUUUCUUCUAGGAGCUGGACUUGGCGUGAUGCAUGUCUUGUAUCUCGAUAAACAUUCAAAUUUCUGUAUAACACCUGUGGACUAUGUGAAUAACGCUAUUCUCGCCGCAGGGUGGGAUUCCAUUCAGAAUAGAAACAAAUUCAAUUCAGAAAUACCAAUUUACACCGUUGGCAGUUCAGACUGUAAUUUCUCAUGGGCACCGCUAUUAGCAACGUUGAGGACAGAUGAAUUAUUACAACUUUGCACGCCAAAAGCUCUGUAUUAUAAUUGUGCAGUUGAAACAACUAGUUCAUUACUAUUCUGGUUCCUAACUUGGCUGUUUCAUUAUAUUCCUGGAUAUUUAGUAGACUCCAUUGUGAGUGUUCUUGGAGUCAGACCAAAGGGACUACCAUCCAUAACAUCGAUUUACAAAAAGACCUAUAAAUUAUUCCAAGUCUACGAGUACUUCUUAUUUAAUUCCUGGAAGAUCAGAGAUGAUAAUAUCGUGGCUAUGAUUAAUAGGCUGGAUCCCGCAGACCAGGCCAUAUUUAGAUGCAAUGUUAGAGAAUAUGACCCAAAGGACGUCGUUGUCUCUGUGUCUAUUGGCCUGCGAAGAUAUAUCGUAAAAGACGGCCUGAAAGGUUCAGAUUAUGGACUGAAGAAACAACGAGUACUGAAAUAUGUCCACAUCCUGUGUGUACUCUUAUACGGAUACCUCAUAUACAGCGUGCUUCGUACUGUGAGGAUUGUAGGAGAUUCGGGGGUCAGGAAGACUAGGGAGAGGGGGGGGGUAUUGGGCAUCCGGUACCUCAGGAAGCGCUGCUGCCCACUGUCUAUCAAAUGUGUAGUCCUACAAGUUGGGUACUGUAAUGUCACGUCGGGUAUACGACACCCGCGGGAAGAUUAG